GAUGGGAAAAGACCACGGGGUACCAGAAGUCCAACCCGGAGUGACAGACACGUAGAGAGAGAUAGAGAGACGGUGCGCGCCUCGCAGCAGCCUUCCGUGUCCUCGUCCUCGUCUGUAAAUUGGGACAGGAGAUGAGACAAAGUCUUGUGACGGCACAGUUGCCGUAGUUGGGGCACACACUUAGAAGCCAUUUAGAUUUUAGAGAGACAGAGAGAGGUGUCCAUGGGUGGUGGAGGCGGCCUUGGGCUUUGUUUGACGCUGUUGGUGGUGAUAUAUUCUCUGCCGGCAUUAGUGGAGUCGGCAUGUGGCAGCAACGCGGUGGUGUUCAACUUCGGCGAUUCCAACUCCGACACCGGCGGCUUCGUGGCCGGCCUCGGCUCUCCAAUCUCCCUGCCGGAGGGCCGCGUCUUCUUCCACCGCCCCACCGGUCGCUACUGCGAUGGCCGCCUCAUUCUCGACUUCCUAUGUGAAAGCCUGAAAACGAAUUAUCUGAGCCCAUAUUUGGAGUCAUUGGGUUCGGAUUUUAGGAAUGGAGCAAACUUUGCCAUUGCUGGUUCGACGACACUGCCGCCCAAUGUUCCCUUCUCCUUGCACAUCCAAGUGAAUCAGUUCCUUCGUUUCAAAUCACGAUCUUUGGAGCUCAAUGCUCGCGGUCCGAUCAAUGAGGAAGGGUUCCGCAAGGCACUCUAUGCCAUCGACAUUGGACAGAAUGAUCUUUCUGCCUUCUUCGAUGCAAAUUUGCCCUACGAUCAAGUCAUCCAAAAGAUCCCAAUUGUCAUUUCGGAGAUUAAAACUGCUAUUAAGACCUUGUAUGAUAAUGGUGGCAAAAACUUUUGGAUCCACAACACUGGUCCUCUGGGGUGCUUGCCUGUAAAGCUUUCUUUAUGGAAAGAUAACAGCAGUCUUGAUCAAUAUGGUUGUCUCAUGCCCUUCAAUAAUGCUGCCAAGGAAUUCAAUGCCCAAUUGGGCGCACUCUGUGAUGAAUUGAGAUCUGAGUUGAAGGAUGCCACCAUUGUCUACACCGAUAUCUUCACGAUUAAGUAUGACAUCAUUGCAAAUCACACUACAUAUGGGUUUGAGAGCUCGUUGAUGGCAUGUUGUGGCUAUGGUGGACCCCCAUACAACUUCAAUCUGAACAUUACAUGUGGCAAUCCAGCCUGCCCGGUCUGCCCUGAAGGCUCUAAGUAUGUGAGCUGGGAUGGAGUUCAUUAUGCAGAGGCUGCUAAUGCCAUAGUGGCUUCUAAAAUACUUACUACUGAAUACUCCAAACCUAAAGUUAGGUUCGAUUACUUCUGCAUUGCUUGACCCUGGCAAUCUAGAUUGGCAUAUAGAUUUUGUCAUGAACUGUGUCUAAUCCAGAGCUGCUGCAAGAUCAUUACUGUGCAAGUCUAAAAUUUGUAAGAAAACUGCAUCGAAAGAUUAAUUGUGAUGGUACCAGAACUGUAUCAGUGCAUAAAAGAAAGUACAUCAAUAAAAUGCACGUGUUAUUAUUUA